AUGUUGUCAGGGGUCGGCUUGAUCGAGCCGAAGAAAUGGGUUGAGAUUACUAUCGACAUACCGGAGCUUGGUGUAUUUGGAGAAGUCGUGAAUGUCCAGCUAGCGGAGUGGGACACCUCUUUGCCAAUUAUGUUCCUUGGUCAACGCCUUAUGGGCAAACUUACCGCUCAAACUUGGCCUGUCAUGGCCAAAGCCAAUGACAGCAGUGUUCCUACGGCGCCCGGAAUUGGCAUUACCAGUCAAGUUAUUCAGUCGCAUCAUCUACCAUCGCACAUUCUCGUUGGUAAGAUCACCACAAUAUCGCCGCCCGAACAAAGUUGCUCCUCUGAGGCUGGUACCAAUGCAUCUGUCAAAGGCUACCCAACUCUGAAAACCCCAGCAAAAGCUACAUAA